AUGGAGAUUGUGUACGUGUAUGUCAAGAAGCGCAGCGAGUUCGGGAAGCAAUGCAACUUCUCCGACCGCCAGGCAGAGCUGAACAUCGAUAUACCGCCCAACCCUGAGCUGGCCAAGCAAUUCGUGGAGCGGAACCCCGUGGACACGGGCAUCCAGUGCUCCACCAGCAUGUCGGAACACGAGGCCAACACAGAGCGGUUUGAAAUGGAGACCCGGGGGGUUAAUCACAUCGAGGGGGGCUGGCCCAAGGAUGUGAACCCCCUGGAGCUGGAGCAGACGAUCCGCUUCCGGAAGAAGGUGGAGAAAGAUGAGAACUACAUCAACACCAUCAUGCAGCUGGGCUCGAUCAUGGAGCAUUGCAUCAAGCAGAAUAACGCCAUUGACAUCUACCAGGAGUAUUUUGAUGACGAGGAUGAGGUGGAGGUGAUGGAAGAGGCCCCUUCAGCUAAAACCAUCAAUGUUUUCAGGGAUCCCCAGGAAAUUAAGCGGCCAGCCACACACAUCUCCUGGCACCCCGAUGGCAACAGGAAAUUGGCAGUGGCGUACUCUUGCUUGAAUUUUCAACGGGCACCUGAGGGCAUGAGCAACGAAUCGUACAUCUGGGACCUGGAAAACCCCAACAGGCCAGAAAUUGCCCUAAAGCCGUCUUCUCCUCUUGUCACCUUGGAAUACAACCCCAAAGAUUCCCACGUGCUCCUGGCAGGCUGCUACAAUGGGCAGAUCGCCUGUUGGGACACCCGGAAGGGCAGCCUGGUGGCAGAGCUAUCCACCAUUGAGUUCAGCCAUCGAGACCCUGUUUACGGCACCAUCUGGCUGCAGUCGAAGACGGGCACCGAGUGCUUCUCGGCGUCCACGGACGGGCAGGUCAUGUGGUGGGACGUCCGGAAGAUGACCGAGCCCACCGAGGUCGUCAUCAUGGACAUCACCAGAAAUGAACGGUUGGAGCAUGCCUUGGGGGCCAUCUCCCUGGAGUUCGAGUCUACUCUGCCGACCAAGUUCAUGGUGGGCACGGAGCAAGGCAUCGUCAUCUCCUGCAACCGCAAGGCCAAGACAUCGGCCGAGAAGAUCGUGUGCACCUUCUCAGGCCACCACGGCCCCAUCUAUGCCCUGCAGCGAAACCCGUUUUACCCGAAGAACUUUCUGACCGUCGGCGACUGGACCGCCCGCAUCUGGUCAGAAGACAGCCGGGAGUCGUCCAUCAUGUGGACCAAGUACCACAUGGCUUAUCUCACUGAUGGUGCCUGGAGCCCGGUGAGGCCAGCGGUUUUCUUCACCACCAAGAUGGACGGGACCUUGGACAUCUGGGACUUUGUGUUCAAGCAAUGUGACCCCGCCCUCAGCCUGAAGGUGUGUGACGAGGCCCUCUUCUGCCUCCGGCUACAGGACAAUGGAUGUUUCAUUGCCUGUGGCUCCCAGCUGGGGACAACCACGCUGCUGGAGGUCUCGAGUGGGCUGUGCACCCUCCAGAGGAAUGAGAAGAACACGGUUUCCUCGAUGUUUGAGCGUGAGACCCGGCGGGAGAAGAUCCUGGAGGCCAGGCACCGCGAGAUGCGGCUGAAGGAGAAGGGCAAGGCGGAGGGCAAGGAUGACGACCUGAGGGAGGGAGAGCCCGCCUUGAACCUGGAGGAGCUGGUCACCAAGGCCGAGGAGGAGUUCUUUGAUGUUAUCUUCACGGAGCUGAAGAAGAGGGAGGCGGAAGCCAUGAAGCAGAAGCCCAAGCCUGCCCUCUUCGGUACCAGGGGACGAAGAAAAAAACAUGGUCUGUCUGGGCCAUUGCCUUUAGGGCCCACCGAUAAGACGCUAAGAUGUGAAAGAGUGAAAGCACAACAGGGAAGGGAAAAGAACAAACGAGUGUGGGCCAGCGUCUGCCCUUGUGUCGAGCGCCCGCUAGGCCCUCACGGCCGUGGUGCUGGCAGCGUGGCCUCCUGGCUGAAACAACCAAGUCUGGAGACAGAAGAGGAGGUGGAGGGAGAGGAAGAAGGGGCGGAAGAAAGAGACGGUGAAGAGAGUCCAACCUUGGAAGGGGAGAGUGUGCCCCUCCUCUGGGACCUGUUCCACUCGGCUGCCGUGACUGGCUACGAUGCCGCUUACCGAUGCCGCUUCAGUUGCAGCUGCGACAGCCCCGUGCGCUGCAGGGGAAUCACCGUCCCGCGUUCCCUUCUGUGUGGCAACCAGAUACCAACCAGAGGCCCAGAGGCCCAGCACCGGGGUGCUAAGGGCCUGAUGGUUACCCUCAGGACAGGCAUGAGAAUGGCAGACAGCAGCAGCGCUACGCACACGCGUGAUUGUGGAGGUGUACAAUGGAGGGGGCAGUCGGGCAGAGGAGAGAAGAUGCUGGAGCUGCUGUCUGGCCAGCAGGCAGAAGUCGCUGUUGGGGAAGUGCGCGCCCAUGGAAACACAAGGCUGCCAGCCGCCGCCCUGGAGACGCUGAGUCAGACAGACAGACAGACAGACAGACAGACCGGCAGAGGAUGCUCGCGGCCCGAGCGGGAGGCAGCGUGUCUUGUCUCUCGAGCCACGCGGCCGGACGGGCGCCCCCUGGAGGGCCGUGGAAGAGGAGCCCAGGCCGCGAGCCCCGGGGCGCGGGGAGGCGGCGCCGAGAGCUACCAAACGGACGGACGCAGGGCCGCGCCGAAGGCCGGAGGGUCGCACGGGCGGACGCUCGCCGGGAAAGCGGAGCAGGCCAGGGCGCCUCCCCGGCGGAGGCGGCCACCCCUCGGCAGCAGCGCGGAGGGGCGGGGGCGCGGGAGGCGGGAGGCGCCGUCGGGGCCCUCCCCCGGCCCCGCCUCCCUGUCAGCGCCUUCGGCCGCGGGCGCGUCGUUGGUUUCGGGUUGUCAGGCAGCAGCGGCGCAGGCGAGGCUGCGAGGGAGCCGGCGGCGGUGGGGCUGCGGCUCGGCCAUGACCGCUGUCGCGGCCUGA